UAUUUUAUUCUGUGUACAGGUAAAACUCUGAGUCCUCAGGUGAUGUUCCAUAACGCAGCCUCCAACAUCAUCUGUAAGGUUCUGUUUGGGACCCGUUAUGAGUACAAUGAUGAGACCAUUAAAAAGGUUGUUCAAUGGUUCACAGAGAUGCUGAAAAUAUUUAACGGACCGUGGGCCAUGCUGUACGACUCAGUUCCAUAUGUUUCGUACCUGCCACUGCCAUUUAAAAAGGCCUUUAAGAACAUGGAGCUGUAUCUCGACUUUUCAAAUGGUAUGGUGAACGAGCACAAGAGGACCAGGACUACUGGAGAACCUCGAGACUUUGUGGACUGCUACCUGGAUGAACUGGAUAAACAGAAAGAAGACUCUUCAUUUUCUGAGGAACAGCUCAGAAGGAUCACUUUUGAUCUUUAUAUUGCUGGAACUGACACCACCUCCAACACCCUCCUGACUGGGUUUCUGUACCUCAUGAACCAUCCGCAGGUCCAAGAUCGAUGUCAGCAGGAGAUCGAUCGAGUUCUGGAUGGGAGGGAUCGGGUUAGUUUUGAGGAUAGACACAACAUGCCUUACGUGCAGGCUGUGAUCCAUGAAGUCCAGAGGGUUGCCAACACUGUUCCUCUCAGUGCCUUCCACUGCUCCACUAAAGACACAGAGCUGAUGCGAUAUGACAUUCCCAAGGGAACAUUAAUCAUCCAGAAUAUGGAGUCAGUGCUGAGGGAGGAGGGUCAGUGGAAGUUCCCUCACGAGUUCAGUCCUGAGAACUUCCUGAACGAGCAGGGAGAGUUUGUCAAACCAGAGGCCUUCAUGCCUUUCUCUGCAGGUCCUCGGAUGUGUCUGGGAGAGGGUCUGGCUCGUAUGGAGCUGUUCCUCAUGACGGUGACCCUGCUGAGGAAGUUUAAAUUCAUCUGGCCGGAGGAUGCUGGAGAACCAGACUUCACUAUGGUUUUUGGGGCAACGUUGACUCCAAAACCUUAUAUGAUGAAGGUCCAGCUGAGGUCUGAACAGUGAGGAGGGUCACGGGAGUCACAUGUGUCCAUUUCCAGCAGUCACAGUGCAAAGGGGAGGGUACACACUGGACAGUCCAUCACAGAUCGAUGAAUCUGAAAACAUACGAAAAUAUUUAUUAUUAUUUAUUAUUCAUCUUUGACCGUGGACAGUCUCAUGUCAGUUAUCUUUGACCGUGGACAGUCUCAUGUCACUUAUCUCUGACCCCUGACAGUCUCAUGUCCGGGGUCAGCUGUUGAGGAUCCACCCCAGAAUCAAAUCGCAGAACCCCAGCCACCAGAGACCACUCCAGUCCAGCACCAUGUUUGUCUCCAUAGUUCUGCUGUGGUUCUGUUUCUGCUUCAUCCUCUUUCAACUUAAAGCUCGGAGACCCAAGAACUUCCCACCAGGAUCCCCCAGCCUGCCGGUACUGGGGAAUUUCUUGCACCUGGCCUCAAAGAACCCCCUGAAGGACUUUGAGAAUAUAAUUUUUAUUAUACUGCAUCAUUUCAACAUAAAAUGAUAUAUGUUAUUUAGCAAUUUAAAUUGAUUCAAAUGUCAACAAAACAGAGGACAGAGUUGAUCUUUACCCAGGAUUACAGGUCAGAAUAAACUUUAUCUUUAGAGAUAAGCCAGCAGGUAGUGGUUAUGUUUUUCAGUGUUUUUAAUUUGCAGAGUUAUUUAAGGCACAGUGUCAGGAAAAUGUAAGCAGUUAAAUAAGAUGUCAGUGAACCUCUGAUAUAUCAAUACCCAGAUGAACCUUAUCAACCUUUUGUGAGUCAGCAGAAAAUAGAAAUGAUUUACAGUGUUUACAUUUGGCAGAGUUUUAAGGCACCAGUUUCUCUUCAGCAGUGCCAAGAAAAUGUGCAAUUAAAUUAAAUAUUUCACAUUA